AUGUCGCCGCAAACAACGGCCUCGCCGCUCUCGCCUGACCCAUAUUUCACGCACAUUGUCCCCGCGCCGUCCGCGCCACUGUGGACCUUACGCCGCACGCGUAAGCGCCCACUGGCAGGAGCGCGGCGCAUAUUGGCCCUUUAUCGACAGACCUUUUGGUGCGCGCCAAACGCCAGGGUCAAACGGUACUCCGCGAGCACAAUGGCGCUCAGCAUU